GAUUUACGACAUUUGGCGGCAUUUCGUCGGUGCACAACACGGGCUCUCUCCGCGGUUAUUUUGGAACGAAGCGAUCACUUUAAAAAAGCAUGGCGAACUUCGAGUUCGUCCUGCCUUUGACGAAGGACCAACUCCUCAGAUCCGAGCGCGUCGGGCAGUAUUAUGUCAAGGACGUGGUUCCAGCUCGUGAGAUUGGAGCGCAGGUUCGAGGAUUUCUCUCCAAGAAAAGGCUCCUCGAUACCAAAUGUGUCGUUGAUUCCUUCGAUCUGCUUUACAGCGUUAUUACAAACUUUCACUCUCUCGAUGAGAAGGUGAUACAAGAUGCAUUCGACCUGGCACUCUUGGGUGUUUCGAAGGUGGAGUCAGACUUGACGAUACUGCUGCAAGACUCCGACGCGUCCUUAGAUUUCGACACCAAGAAGCAAGCUCAGAACCAUCUCAAGAUGUCCUGCUACGUACUUUGUCACCUCAUCGAGCUCGUUGAAGCCGAAUCCAGCAAGCCAUCACCGGACGUGGCCACGAGUGCGACAAAGGGUCGCAAGAAAAUUGCCACAAACAACAUGAAGUUCCUCGAGUGGGCGUCACAGAAGCUGAAGGCUGUCCAGUGCCUUAAGAAUAUACACGAGCUUUCUUUGCAGUGCUUGUGGUCACCGCAACCCGUCGAAGAUGAAUAUAUCAAUCUGGUGGCUGAUUGCUUCUUCAAGCUAAUAGAAGAUGCUGGCAACCUUAAGUCGAGCACAAUCAAGGACGCAUUCACCACAGUGAUUGGCCUGAACAUCAAGAGGCACAGCUAUGCUAUUGGAUGUGUCAUGAAAAUAAUACAAGUGCUGCAAGCUCACGAGCACGUGGCAUCCUUCCUUGCCGAAGCCCUGUUGAUCUUUUCGGAGAAGUUUGGCAUGAAGAGCAUUGUCGGCGACUGUAUCAGGGAACUGUGCCGGCUGGAUUCCCUGGAGAACGCACAGGACUGUGGCGGCAUUCGGAACCUCGCCACGUUUCUCGUUGAGCUCACAGACAGGAUGCCCGAGUUGGUCACCAAGUCGGCCGGGUUGCUUGUUGACCUGCUGAAUGUCAAGAACUACACUGUGCGGAUUGGAGUCUUGACAGUUUUCUUCAAGAUUGUGCUUGAUGUCCUAAGCAAAGAGGGAUUGGAUAACAAGGAGAAGGAACUGAGAGAUGCACUCCUUGACCAUCUGGAGGAGCACAUCUUGGACGAGAAUGCCUUUGUGCGCAGCAAGGUGUUGCAGCUGUGGCAGGACAUGUGCAACAAGAAGUGCAUCCCACUGGACAGGCAACAGACGCUGCUCGAGCUCAUUGCCAACAGGCUGUGCGACAAGUCGAGUGUCGUCCGGAAGAACGCCGUCGGUUUUGUCUCAUCCUACCUUGCCAGCAAUCCUUUUCUCGCCAAGUUGUCACCCGAGGAACUGAGGAAAAACCUUGCCGAGGAAGAGGAGAAACUGCAAGCUCUGCGCGUUUUGCACAAGGACGUAAAAGACGAAGAACAGGAAAACGAGGCAGAUGCAUCAUGGAUGGGAAUCCUGCCAGGCCUGCAAGAGGUGCUCCAGGAGGACGAAGACAAGAUCAAGGACAUAUCCUUGACCGACGAAGAAAGCGUGCUGCUCGACGAAAUUCUGAAUAAGAUAAGAGCACUACUCAAGAGUGGCAGCUGCACGGAGGCCGUCAUGGUGCUCAGGAAGGCCAUAGCCACGUAUCCGGACGUGAACCUCUUCUGCAAUCCAACUGCCAGUGAAGAGGGCUUAGAAGACCAGCAGGAUGAGGAGAAAGGUGACAAGGACAACACAGAUCAGGUCCUCUUGAAUGUGCUGAAGAAAAUUUAUCAGGGUACCAAGGUUACUGUGCCUGAUGAAGAGGCACCUGAAAAAGAGGCACCCAAGCCAGAUGCCCCGCCCAAUGACGCUGCGUCCGGCGAGGGCGCAGUAGAGCUCUACAAGCAGAAGAUGCUUGUUUUGUAUCUCAGGGACUGCGCUGGCUUUGCUGAAAAGAUCCAAGAAGUGAUACCGACACUCUGCGAGAUGCUCUACUCGCGCACCCAGUCAGACAUACACGAGGCCAUCGCCUUCUUUGUGUCUGCCCACCGGCUGGGCAUCAAGGGGGCCAUCUUGGGCAUCCGCAAAAUGCUUCCCCUGGUGUGGUCCAGAGAGCCGUCCAUCCGGGAAGCGGUCGCCAACUCAUACCGAGACGUCUACUUCAACCAGCCUGCCACCAAUGCCAAGACCAGAGCACGAAAUAUUACGGAUGGCCUGUCCGAGCUUGUCAACACUGUGACGACGAGCGAGCUGAUAUGCCUCGAACAGCUGGUGACGGAAUUGGUGAAGACUGGCGACGUUUCCUCCGCGGUUCUGCGAUUCCUUUGGGAGAGGUACACAAUGGAGCAGCCAGGCACCUCCAGGGAAGACUGCCUUGCAGCCACCCAGCUGCUUUCCAUGGUUGCCAGUGCUGAUAGCAACAUGGUGACGAAAAACCUGGAGCUCCUCGUCUCCGUUGGAUUGGGUGAGCGUGGGAAAGCCGACCUUGACUUCUGCAGGCACACGUGCAGCAUCAUUCAGAAGAUGGGCGGCACUCUCUCGGCUGCCAAGGCCCCGCUGCAGCGUUUUGAGAAUUCCCACAACAUGUUCGUUCGGCUUCAAGACAUUCUCCUGGAAACAUUUUGUGACACCAGCGUGGCCGUUUGGAUUCCCACCAUGGAGAGGGCUCUCGACGUGAUCUACAGGUACGCCUUGAAGCCGGCCGAAAUCGCCAACAACAUCCUGCACGGUUUGGCAGAGAGGUUGCUGCCCCUGUGCCAGCAGCAAGCGGCAGUCAACGGUGCGGCAGAAGCAAAGCCACAGGAUUCUCAGAGCUCGCAAGAAGAGAACGAAGAAAUGACGGUGGAGGAAUCACCCCAGACGCCCUCGUUCGAGUGUUCGAGCCUGCUGCUGUCUCGCACACUGGCUUGCGUCGGUCACGUGGCGCUGCGGCAGCUCAUCUACCUUGACGUGGACGUUUUUGCUCAACUGAAGCGGAAGCGCGAGUCUGUGAAAGACAAGAAGGAGCAGGUCGCGAAGAAUAAGAAGAAGCGACAGUCAAUGUCUGCUACCGGUCACGUCCUCUCCCAGAGCCAGGAGGGGCCAGACAACCAGAACGCUGACGACGAGAUGCUGGGUCCGGUGACAGACGACACAGACGCAGAGUACAUUGUUCACCUGUUGGACGAUGUGGUGCUAAGCGAUGAAAAUACCCUCGGUAUUUGGAGCAAGCUUGUCGUGCACGUUGUCACCGAACAGAGCACAUACACGGACGAAGGUGUGCGCACAGUCGCUUCCCUUGCGCUGGCUAAACUGAUGACAAUCAACGCCGACUUCUGUGAGCAGCACUUGGCACUGCUGUUUGACAUCAUGGAGAACUCGCCAGAUCCCGUGAUCCGCACCAACCUGGUCGUGGCUGUGGGUGACCUCAUGGUCCGCUUUCCUAAUCUGCUGUACACCUGGACAGAGAAGGUCUACGCUCGGUUGCAAGAUCCAUCGCGGGAUGUCAAGAUGGGCACAUUAAAAACGGUCAUCUUCCUCAUUUUGAACGACAUGAUUAAGGUCAAAGGUCAGAUCAGUGACAUUGCCGCCAUGGUCAUGGACGAGGACGCCGAACUUGCAGACAUGUGCCGGAACUUCUUCUUUGAACUCGGGAGCAAGGGAAAUGCCCUGUACAACCUGCUGCCCGACAUCAUCAGCCAUCUUUCGGAUGAAGAACACGGCAUAGACGAAAAGAAUUUCCACAUUGUGAUGAAGCUGCUCUUCUCCUGCAUCAACAAGGACAGACAACUCGAAAACUUUGUGGAAAAGCUGUGCUUCAGAUUCAUGAUUAUGACGACGGAGCGGCACUGGCGCGACCUUGCGUUCUGCUUGUCACUGAUUCCGUUCGGAGAACGGGGCAUCAAGAAGCUCCACGAAAAUGUUGUGUGCUUUGCCGACAAGAUGCACGUGGACGCUGUAUACGAGAGUAUCACGGGCAUAAUAUCAAAUGCAAAGAAAGCCCAGGUAAUGAAGGCUGAUGUCAAGGUGAUUCUCCAGGAGUUGGAAGACUUGGUUGAAGAGUUGCGGAACAAGGGCCUCACCGAAAGCGAGCUGGUGCAGAGGACAAAGAAAGGCAUUGCGCAAGCGACGGCCACCAAGCGCGGGAACAAGCAGUCUUGCGCGACACCAAGGAGUCAGAAGACGCCAGCUAAAGCUAAAGGCAAGAGAAGGUGCCAGAGGAAGAUGUCUCGCCUCUCCGAGAGCAGCGACGAGGAUGAAGAAGACCAGGAAUUCGGCACCACCAUCCACGCGGAAAGCGCUGCCGCGGCGGCAGUGCAAGGUGCAAAUACAGUUCAGCGAUAGCAGCGAGGCCGAGGUUGACGAGGGCGAUGAUGAAUGAAGUCCGCGGGCUCGAGCAAGCCUAACAUGAGUAGCCAUGCUCGAGAUACAUGUUCAUGCUGCCACUCGCAUGACAGUGCCGCUCUACAGCAGAUGCAUUAUUACAUUAAUGCAUGGUCAGGUUCCUCGGAAGUUGAGUGUAUGUAAGGAAAGAACAGACACUGCCACAGUAUUUUUAUAUCUUUGCUUUCGUAUACUCUACGUUUUGGCUCUAAGCUAAUUUAGCUGUGGGUUCUUUUUAUAUGAUAUGACUACAUCUAGCAAACAGCACACCUUGAAGCUCAGAUGGCCUCGAUUCAGACACAAAAGAGAAAAUCCUGCCUUGGUCGCUGGACAAUGGAAUGGGUUUUAUUUGUUUGUUUGGUUUUUUUCUGGUCUCUGUUUUUACUUUAUGAAGCCUCUUUAUAUCCUUCUACUGCCAUAAGCAUGCGGGUGAACAAAAGUAUAAAUUUUUUAGAAGUUGUAACUACUGUAUAUUCUUGGUUCGAGAAAUCUAUUUACUUUACAACUGUUUUUUGUUAGCACCAGCACUGACUGUUUGUAUGGGCCUAGUGCACUGUACCUUGUCUCCAUGUUGUUUUAUUUUAUAAAUGACAGUAUUGCUAUUAUUAUUUUUACCAUUUGUCCUGUGCUGUUUCAAUGCAUUUACAUAAAGUGGAAGUGUCAUAUACAUAUGUGAAGAUCUAAUUGCAAGUUUUCGCUCAUUUGUUUUACCUUUUUUUUUUUUUCAUCCAGAAAGGUAACCCUUGAUUUUACAGUCUUCCGAACCCUUGUCGUCGGCUUUAUGUGAAUUGUAUUUUAGCUGGGCCUUAAGAUGAACUGAGGUCACAUGCCAUAAUAGAUGCUAUGGAAGGGGCAUCGUUUCAAGUUUUAGUUUAUGUUCGUAAUGAAGAAGAAUCAAACUUGAACAAAAUGAAAGCCACACACCUACGGCCUGGCCACCUGUAGUUUGAGCAAUAAAAUAAAUGUUCUGCAUUUAUCUUGUAAUUUACCAUAUACAACUACUGACCGAUUAUACGGGGUGUCCAGCUAACUCUAGCCAGUUUAAAAAUAUGACGACGUGGCCAAAUGCAUGUUGCUGGCCGUUGCAUGGAGUAAGUCGCACUGUUUUUUGUGUUCUCCUUAAUUGCCUAAUUAGACAUUUUUAAUUAACUAACUUUUGAAGCAAUGAAGCUGGGCAAAAAUAUCUAGUGAGAAAAUUUUAGGUCGGUUUCCAAAACAUCCGGUUAUACAGUUUGUAACUUUCUAUCUAUUAACUGUUAGUUAAUAGCCUGAUUACGCGCCUAUGCAUGUGUUGAUUACAGUGUCUUCCAACGCACCACGUGCAACUGACCAUAGCAUUUGGCCGGGUGUGCUCCCACUUAAGAGGCGACAGGGUAGUGAUGAUGGUGGUGGCUGUGCGAUGAUGCACCUGUUGCUUGCGGCAGCACAAGCAAUAACUGCUGCGUCUGCAGAAGUAUAUCGUUUGUAUGUGGAACGCUAGGGGGCGCUGCAAUCACAGCGCACAAGUGGGCAUGUCACAUGGUAUCUUUUUUGUCUGUCUCAAGCAUCUGUAAUAAGCAGGAAAACGCUAAUAUAGUGAAUAGGUAAAACGUUAGGAACUGUCUCUAAUCGGACGUUUCGCAAACCAACCUACAACUUUCUCGUUUCAUUGCUUCAAAAGUUGUUUAAUUAAACUUGCAUAACUAAGCAAUUAAGCAGAACACAAAAAAUAGUGCGGCUUACUCCAUGCAGUAGUCAGCGACAUGUGUUUGGCGGCAUGGUCAUGGGGUAUGUCGACAUAUUUUUAAACUCUGGCUAGAGAUAAAUGGAGCACCCUGUAUAUCUAAUAAACACACUAAGACACACCAGACAAGGAUGACAGCGCUUAUUUUCUGUUGUAGUUAUUAGUUAUAGUCAGAUGUACUCUGCAUUUAAAAUAAACAACCACCAACUAGGUCAACUUUCUCGCUAUAUUCUGCGUUUUCCACCACACAAUGCGAAUUGGGGUAGAGCUUACGACACGCACCAUAUUAACGUCUUGGUUUUGAAGCCCUGAAAAUUGUUGCAAGUUGGCUUUGCCCACUUUUCCCAAUUUGUCACAAACGUGUUGCGCGUUUCACAAGGGUAUGCUGUCGUGUUAUCGCAUAGUGAGGUGCAUUUUAAUAGGCCCUCGAAGUCUGUUGACGGUGCGUGUGAUCUUUAGCCAGUAUGCAUGGCCUCCUGAUUUGCUGUGCUGUACAGUUUUUUUUUUCUUUAGUUAUUGUGGCUGUAGUAACUUUGGUGGUAGUUUCACUCCACAGGCCUCCCAUUUUUUCCACAAUGAAAUGAACCAUCAUAGAGACAUUGUCACUAGACUAUUACUAUUGUAUCAUCACUUUGUUAACGCUCUCAUGCGAUUACUUCUCUCCAUUUUGCAUUGUACAUAUGCCUUAUGCAUUUAUAGAUGGGAGCUAAGGUUUGGGUGUUACGGUAUGACUGGGUGGCAAAAAAUACAAACAGCUAAGUGCAUCUUUUCAAGUGCUUAGCACUGAACUUGGGGCAGAAAUCAGGAUCCACAAAAAGCACUUGUAAAGAAAUGAGCUGAGCAAUGUUUGAAAAUUAGAUGUGCCAACAAAUCUAAAACUUGGCGCUUGCAAUGUUCAUUUGUAGCUGUGCACAAGCCACCUUAUGAUGUUGCCUGAUAGGCCACGACAUGGAAGGAAACAGUCAAGACGUUCCUGGGCAUACAUAUUGUUGCAUUUUGUCCGCCUGGUAUUUCUUUUUCAUUUUUCAGGAAGGAGGGUAUGAUUAGCAGGGUGUAUUAAAGGCCAUUUGUGACGAACAGAUAAGACAUAAAGUACAGCCUUGCACUACCCAACAAGCUUUGCUGCGUAAAGGACUCACUAGUAUGAAGAUCUGUUGCUUAUCUGUAGUACGUGCAUCCAUUGCAGAGGUGCUUGACAUGCUGUUGACAUACUUAACAUACGAGUAGGUCUCGUGUGUAGUGUUCAGAGCUCUGUAAUAACAUAUUUUCACGACAGAAAUAUUUCAGUGCUCUUCUUGGGUUUUUAGCAUAUGUAGAAAGCCUGCGAAAAAUUUGUGUAGUGAGAUAUGGGCAUUUCUGCCACACACCUUUCAAAAUUGUUAAAGUGAAGCAACAAUACUGUCCAUCUUUAUGUAUGUACUCAAUUAUUUUGCCUAUAGAACCAAUGCAUGCAUCAACAUCAUUUCGAAAUUCAGAAUUUUUCUAUCUUGGCUUUCCAUAAUGGCAAGCUCAUUGGGAAUUUUAUGCAUUGUUCAAUUUGUGGUCACAAAUUUGGCCUCUUUUAAUGGCUGCUGCAUGCCAUCAUCAUUGUACAUAUUUCCCCAUCUCUCAUUAUCACUAACAUUUUCUCUGUAGCCACCACAAAUGCAUUGCAUUUACUGUGCUCUCAUAUAUGUUAAAAACACUGUCAUUGGGCUGAAGGCCUCAAGCAAUGUGUGUGCUGAAGAAUAAAGUACUGUGCCGUCGAAAUUUGUCUGUGCUUUUUUAGUGAAGCUGUAUGUGACUUGGUAGGAUUUCUUCAUGUCUG